AUGGCUAGAAAUGGCAUGGGUGCUACAUUGCAAAGGCCAUUAUACGCUUCCCCGUUAGCUGAAUUUAUUCUCCAAGCCGAGGCACCCAGGGGGAUGAAAGUGCCUAAGUACACUAAAUUUGGGGGAGACUCUGGUGAAUCGACGAUAGAGCACGUUGCCAGAUACUUAACAGAGUCAGGGGAUCUAGCUCAUAAUGAAUGUUUGAGAGUAAAGAACUUCCCCUCCUCUCUGACCAAGGCUGCCUUUACAUGGUUUACUUCGUUGGCCCCAAGUUCAAUCGAUUCGUGGGCCAAACUAGAAAAGAAGUUCCAUGAACAGUCCUUAAAGACUAGGUGCUUUACGCAAGUGCCAGAACAUGAACUAGUUCAAAUGGCCACAGGAGGUUUCGAUUAUUCCAUUAGGAAGAAGAUAGAUCCAACUUUUGUGAAAAGUAUGUCACAACUGGCUGAUAGAGUCCGACAUCUAGAACGACUAAGGCUAGAAAAAGUUAGGCACAAUAAGUCUAAGAAGGAAAAAGUAGCGUUCGUCGAAUACGACGCGACAGACCCAAUACGUGAGGUUGAUUAUGCCUCAUCGACCGAAUUAGAAAUCGACGUGGCUGAACUAAAGCCAGGAUCCGCCUAUGAGUGUCGAUCAUUGCUGCCUGCGCAAGGGAAAAAUCCUGUCGAAAACAACCCAAAAUUCCCUUCGAGAACUUAUACUUUCGACGUGUCGAAAUGUGAGGAAAUUUUUUACUUAUUGGUCAAAGAUGGGAAAAUGGUGGUACCUCCUAGUACUAAAAUACCACCGUUGGAACAAAGACAGAAAAUAGGGGAUUUGGUUCAGAAAGCAAUUCAAGAAGGCAGACUGAAAUUUACUGGCCGCAAAAUGAAGAUCGACGUUGAUCCUCUUCACCAGGAGGAAGCCCUAUUCGUGGAGCCAGUCGAGAUCAACAUGGUCGAGAUCACUGAAUAUGAUGAGGCCAACAUGCUGGAGAAAACUGGAGAAAGCCCAAAUGCCGAUAUAGCUGAAGUCUACCCAAGGGCUGAUGAAGACUUGGUGGAUUUUCUCUAUCGCUGCAAGAACAAGGGUUCACAAGUGUGCUUGUGCCCAAGAUGUGGUGCUGUCACCGACAAAGUAGCGGCAGAGAAUUUCCAGAAGCUGCAACUAGGUAAAAGCAAAAGGAAUGCGCCGACCAGGGGUUACCAGAAUGAAAAAGGCUCAAAAAAGGUUGUGGGAAAUAACCAAACAAGGCCUAAAAGCUUGGUGCCGUCGACAAGUGCUCCUAGAGGUACUUGGAUCAAGCCUUAG